AUGGGGAGUGAGGGGGAGAUGGGGGUAGGGGUAGAGGCAGUGGCAGCAGAGGUUGCAGGUACAGCAGGGUUUGGUGCAGCGCUGGCAGCAAGAGACGGGUCAAGAGAUGGUGGGUCGUGCGGUGCUGCCAGCCCUGCUAACAGCAGCAGCAGCAGUAAUCCUGGAAUGGGGAGCAAUGAGCAGCAGGCAUUCCCCAUCCCCUUCCCUUCCUCGUUCUCUUCCUCGUCCUCCCAAGCCGGGUUCCAAACCAGCCGGGUAGACUCGGCGGACUGCCACCGUUUCCCCCCGGACCAGAUUCUUCGAGCCACGGGGGGGUUCUCGCCCUCUCAGCUGAUUGGCCGAGGCAGGCUCGGGCCGAGCUACCGGGGCGAGAUAUUCGGAUGCCAGGUGGCAAUCAAACUGCUAACUGUGCAUCACGAGGCGUCUGUAAGAACAGAGAAGAACGAGAAGACUGAGAAGAAUGCAGAAGAUGGGGCAGAGGGAGGAGCAACGCAGGAAGGAGAGAAAAUGGUGGUGGAGGGAGAUGGUGCUGCUGUUGCCUCAUCGGCGGUGCAGGCAGCGGUGCAGGCAGCAGUGGACGUGCUGAGGCGUCUCAGGCAUCCCCACCUGCUGCUGCUGAUGGGUCACUGCCCUGAGUACCCCUGCCUUGUGUAUGAGUUCGCUCCUGGGGGCAGCCUCUCUGCUCGCCUCUCCCGCAUCCACUCCCUCAUUGCUGCUGCCACCGCUGCUGCCGCUGGUGAUGGUGGUGGUGGUGCUGCUGCUACUGCAGCAGAGGAGGGUGCUGGUAACAGCAGCAGCGGUGCAGGGGGCGGUGCCGCUGCUUCUCCUGCCCGAGAAAGGAUGACUUAUGGGGAGGAGGAGGAGGAGGAGUUGGACACGCUGUGGCUCUCGUGGGUGGACCGGCUUCGACUGGCAUCUGAGCUGGCAGGCGCGCUGCUCUUCAUGCACCAGCACUCGCCGCCCGUGCUGCACGGCGCCCUGACUCUACAGAACGUGCUUCUAGACCGCAACUCCGCGUGCAAACUCAGCGGCGCUGGCCUCUCCUUCUCCUCAUCCUCGUCUCACUUCUCUGGCAGUCCAGGAUACAGCUCUGCCUCUGCCACUGCUGAGUCUAACCCCAGCAGCAGCGCAGCAGCAGGAGUGGAAGGUCCAUGCCAGCAUGGCAGCAGCAGCACGGGCGUACUAAGUGACGAUGUGCAUGCCUAUGGUAUUGUGGUGUUACAGUUGGUAACCGGCAUCACCAGCCCAUCACUGAUCCUCUCCCUCAUGCAUACGUACCCAGCAGCAGGAGGGGAAGCUGAGGGAGGGGUGUCUGGGGGAGGUGUUACCUGUGGGUUCAAUUUGGCUGAAGCUGUCGACAUAUUUUUGAGCCGACUGGAUGUGACGGCGGGGGAAUGGCCUGUUGAAAUGGCAUCUGUUGUGGUGCUCCUGGCGCUGCGCUGUGCUUCAGGGCAGGCGGAGCUUCGGCCGGACCUGGCGGCUGAAGUGCAGCCGGCUCUGUCAGCUUUGGCUCGGGAAGCGGAGGAGAGUUUUGGGCGGGCAGCCCGGCAGAUGCUGCGGUCUGCCUUGAGAAAGCGGGACUAUACGUGCUUUCAAAAGCGGGUGGUAAAGAUUGAGGGUGAGGCAUCUCCUGCAGCUGUUCAUGACACAACAAAGCAUCACAGAGUUAGGAAGCUGAUGGAGUCUCUGGUUCCUCACAAGUCUCCUUCGAUGCCUAGCGUGGCUCCAUUGUCCUUGAUCAUUCACUUCAGACUAUUCUACCGUUCGGUUGAUGUGCCUGUGAAAGCUUUAAAUGGCUUCCGCGAAAGUGAGUCCUCUCCACCUCCUCCUGAUUGCUCACACGACGACGACGACCGAAGCGAUCCGCCUGCGACGUCUGCGACAUGUGCGAAUCCCGCGAAUGGUGUCGCCAGCCCAAGUGCAGACGCGAAGACGCCCGGAUCCCCAAGGCCAGGGGAAGGCAGUUCGAGAGUGUGGCAGCACCUUCUCGGAUCUUUCGUCUUCCAAUGGGCCUCAUGGCUAGGCCAGCUCAUGGCGGGUGCACGCACCAAAGUUCUUGCUCUGGGCGGCUCUUUUGCCUCCACGCUGCUGCUCCCCCCGCACGCGCGCGCACCCUCCCGCGGAGGCCCCCCGCAGUUGCGCGGGGGAGUCCCCGCCCUCCCCCCCAUCACCCUCUCCGAGCCCCAGGAGCGGUGCCUGAAGCAGCUACAAACGAGGAUACAGCCGCCUUUUGAAAACGACAAGGAGGAGCAUAGAUUGGCGCUGGUAGAGCUGUGGGAGCAGGCGUAUCCGGGGCGGGUGUUGACUGAAGAGGUGGAGGUGGCGGGGUGGAAGGAGAUGGGGUGGCAGGGGAAGAACCCGGCCUCGGAUUUCAGGGGCGGGGGUUUUUUCGCGCUGGAGAAUCUGGUGUACUAUGCUCGCACGUACCCGAGGUCGUUUCAACGUAUUAUGCACAAGCAGGAGGGUCGCAGGGCAGAGUGGGAGUACCCCUUUGGAGCAGCAGGGGUGAACAUCACCGUACUCCUAAUAAGCAUCCUCGACUUGCGCAAAGACAUCCCCGCAACGGUUGCUGGACGGGCCUUCCUGAAGAUCCUACCAGAGCACCCCACGGCGUUUGAGGAUCUCUACUGUGUGACGUUUGAGAUGCUCGAUGCUAACUGGCUGGAGCUCAAGGCGUCUUACAUGGAGUUCAAUGUCGUCAUGCAAGCCACGCGAGCAGAGCUGGAGCGCCACAUGUGCCAGCCCAGCUUCACUGCCAUCUCCGACCUUCCCGUCUUCGCCAGACUCACAGCAGAGUAG